AUGGCCUUUCGGGAAAUUCCCACGAUUGACCUGGCAUGGGCCGACGACCCGGUCCGCCGACCAGAGCUACUCGCCGGAUUGCGCAACGCGCUUGUCGACGUCGGCUUUUUGUAUGUCGCCAACCACGGCGUGCCGGACCAGACAGUGGACGACAUGGUCAAGGUGUUGUCCGCAUUGUUCGCCCUGCCCGACGAAGCCAAAGACGCCAUCAACUUGCGCAACUCCCCACACUUUCUGGGCUACAGUGCGACCGGCGCAGAAACGACGGCGGGUCAAGCGGACCGACGCGAGCAGGUGGAGUUUGCGACGGAGCGUACGGCGAACUGGACCCCGGACAAGCCAGUGUACGAACGCUUGCGGGGCCCGAACCAGUGGCCCAAAGCAGGGGCAGUGACCGUGCCCGGGACCGACCGCGACAUUCGCACCGUCGUGGAGGCAUACCUGGAUGCCCUGACGGCGCUGGGGGCGCGCUUCCUGCAGCUCGUCGCCGAGGCGCUGGACCUACCACCCGACGCCCUCCAGCCGUUUCUGUCUGACCAGCACCGCCUCAAGCUGGUGCGGUACCCCGGACUGGAGGGCUAUGACGGGGUCCGAAGCAAAAUCAAUAACAAGGUCAUGGGCGGCGUCCAGGGCGUCGGCCCGCACAAGGACUCGUCGGGCUGGUGGACGUUCCUCCUGCAAGCCAGUCCGCCGCCCGUCGGUGGGCUCCAGGCACUCAACCGCGCCGGUCAGUGGAUCGACGUGCCCGCCGUGCCGGGCACGUUUGUGGUCAACAUUGGCCAGGCCUUUGAGGUGGUGACGCACGGCGUGUGUCCGGCCACGACGCACCGCGUGGAGGUAUUGCCGGGCACGCCGGAGCGGUUCAGUGUGCCCUUUUUCCAGGGCGUGCGGCGGGACUUGACCAAGGCAGAGGCGCUGGGGCUGCGGACGCACUUUGAGACCACGUUUCCGGAGCGAUUUUUGGACGCAGGAGUGGCCGAGACGGCCGAGUCGGCCGAGGGUCGGCAGAUUGACUCUGCAUUUUUACGUGGCCGCUACGACACCUGGGGCGAGUCACAGCUGCGGACCAAAGUGCGUAGCCACCGUGACGUGGGCCAACGAUUUUAUGCAGAUGUGUACGACAAGUACAUUCACGAUGAGGACGUGGAGGCAGACGUGAAAUGA